AUGACGACUACACACGUGCAGAACUUCACCUCUCUCGCGGCGCUCGCGAUCAACACGGCGGUGUGGGACUUUGACGACCUCGAGAGCCUCGCGCUCCUGCCGCGCCUCGCGUCUCUCUCCAUAACGGAAGAAAUCACGCUCUUCCAAGCCAGCUCGCGCUCUCCUCCCUUCUCCUUCGCACGCCUAUCGUCGCUCACGUCGUUGGAUCUAGGGUUCAGCCCCUGCCCACCGUUCGAUCGGAUGUUCCCUGCAGAGUCCCCGUGCUGCCUGCUCGAGCGGCUGUCGCUCUACCAGUGCGACGAUCUCCACGCUCUCCCGGGCGACAUUAGCGAGCGCCUGCCGAGCCUGCGCGAGCUGAGCAUCAGCAUGUGCCAUGCCUUGCUGGAGCAGCCCGAACAGCUCACCUCGCUCACAGCCCUGCGCUCCUUGACCCUCGCCGAGUGCGCGUUCCGCGGCCUGCCGGAGCGCUUCGGCCACAUGCCUUGUCUCACAACGCUCGUGCUGCACAAGCUGGACACCCACUUCCCCGCCUCGCUCAUGCGCCUGCACUCCCUCGAGACUCUCAUCAUCACCCACUGCGCGACCCUAGCCGAGCUGCCUGACGGGCUGGGCGGCCUCACAUCGCUCAAGCGCCUGUGCGUGGCGGAGUGCCCCUCCGUGGUGCUGCCAGGCGACGUGGGCCAACUCACCAACCUGCACACGCUCUUCCUCAAAUCCUGCUCCGCGCCCCGCCUGCUGCCGCCCUCCUUCACUCAGCUGGCUGCACUCGCACGGUUGGAGCUUCACGAGUGCGAUCUGGCCGAGCUGCCAGAGGCCAUGGGGGGGUUGAGACGCCUGCGGGAGCUGUACCUCCUCUCCUGCCCGCGGAUCCAGAAGCUUCCAGAGUGCGUGGCAGCGCUGCUGAACCUGCAAGCCCUCGUGGUGGACGAGUGCAGCAGCCUGUUCUCCAUCCCCACGAGCCUCAUCAAUCUCACGCGGCUAAAGCAGCUUGAGCUGACCAGCUGUGCGCUGCUGAGAACGGCUCCGGAGUGCCUGCCGGGGUCGCUGGAAACGCUUAGGCUGGGGAGUUAUCAGCAAGUCACACAUCUGCCGGGCACCUAUGCUCUCUCCCGCCUCAACGCUGUGAGCUUCUACAAUGUGAUCUUCCCCUCUGCAAUGUCCCGAAGCCUCUCCUCACUGGAGCACUUGAAACUCAUGUUGGCAUGUGAGGGCGAGUUCCCGUUCCCGUUGGCAGACCUGCCUCGCCUCCGCACCCUCACGCUCAUCAGCACUGGCGUUGUGAGGCUCCCAGAAUUUUCUAGCGCCACUUUGCAGGAGCUGCGUCAGCUGGAAAUACUCAUGCCUGAGUUGACGGAAAUCCCAGCAACUAUCGGAGCUCUCCAAAAGCUCACAUACCUGGAGAUCAAAGCUCCCAAGCUGCCUUCCCUUCCCAAUUCAAUCGGGGCACUAUCCCGACUGGGCAAGCUGCAACAGCCCCGCGCUCACGCACCUCCCUGCCUCCCUCACGCAGCUGGCCUGUCUGCGUGA